AUGGCGGCGGCGGCCGAGUCCGGGGCCCGCGCCUGGCUGGGCGGCGGCUCGCCGCGCGCGGGCAGCCCGGCCUCCAGCCCCGACCUGGACCGGGGAGGCCGCGCGCGGCCGGAGCCGGGGCCGGGGCCGGGGCCGGGGGCCGGGCCGGGGUCGGGGCCCGAGCGGGCCGGCGCCAGGUGGCCGGGCGCCGCGGCGCUGGGCCACUCCUUCCGGAAGGUGAUGCUCACCAAGCCCACCUUCUGCCACCUCUGCUCCGACUUCAUCUGGGGGCUGGCCGGCUUCCUGUGCGACGCCUGCAACUUCAUGUCCCACGAGAAGUGCGUGAGGCAGGUUAAGACCCCGUGCACCAGCGUGGCGCCCAGCCUGGUCCGAGUCCCCGUGGCCCACUGCUUUGGACCCCGCGGGCUCUACAAGCGCAAGUUCUGCGCCGUGUGCCGCCGGAGCCUGGAGGCGCCCGCACUGCGCUGCGAAGUGUGUGAGCUGCACGUUCACCCGGCCUGUGUGCCCUUCGCCUGCAGCGACUGCCGCCAGUGCCACCGGGACGGGCACCGCGACCACGACACGCCCCAGCACCACUGGCGGGAGGGGAACCUGCCCUCGGGGGCGCGCUGCGAGGUGUGCCGGAAGGCGUGCGGCUCCUCCGAGGUGCUGUCCGGUCUGCGCUGCGAGUGGUGCGGCGUCCAGGUGCACACGGCCUGCUCCUCGGCGCUCGCCCCCGAGUGCACGUUCGGGCAGCUGCGGAGCCUGGUGCUGCCGCCCGCGUGCGUGCGCCUGCUGUCCCGCAGCUUCAGCAAGACGCAGCUCUUCCGCAUCUCCGAGCGCGCCUGCCCCGAGCCCGACGCCGGCGACAGCGAGGACGGCGGCGACCCCGCGGGCCCGGGCAGGGAGGUGCCGGCGCCGGAGUCCAACAAGCAGGCCCUGAGGAUCUUCGACGGCAGCGACGCGGUGCAUCGGAACCGCUUCCUGGUGGUCAGCGUGCCCCGACCGGCCCGCAGCGAGGAGGUGCUGGAGGCCGCGCUGCGGGCCUACCACCUCACCGAGGACCCCCGGGCCUUCGAGCUGCAGGCAGUGCCGUGGCCGCCGCAGGCCGGCUGCGCGGGGGCCGCAGGGAAGGCGGAGAGCGGCAGGACUCCGGAGGAGGAAGGCGGCAGGGGCCCCCGGGCCCGAGAGGCCACCCCUGAGGCCUGGGUCAUCCGCGCCCUCCCUCGAACCCAGGACGUCCUGAAGAUCUACCCUGCCUGGCUCAAGGUGGGCGUGGCCUACGUGUCCAUUCGCGUGACCCCAGAGAGCACGGCGCGGUCCGUGGUGCAGGAGGUCCUCCCACUGCUGGGGCGACAGGCCGAGGGUCCCGAGAGCUUCCAGCUGGAGGAGGUGCUCAUGGGCAGCAGGCAAGUGCAGCGGACGGUGCUGGCAGAGGAGGAGUCUGUGCUUGACCGGCUUCGGGACAUCCGGCAGACGUCCCUGCGGCAGAUGAGCCAGACGCGCUUCUACGUGGCUGAGCGCAAGGCGGUGGUCCCACGAGUCUCCCUGUUCGUCGGGGGCCUGCCCCCCGGCCUGUCCCUCCAGGAGUAUGGAAGCCUGCUGGACGAGGCUGUGGCCACCAAAGCGGAGCUGGUGACCCUGAGCCACGUGUACUCCUCCCAAGGGGCCGUGGUGCUGGAGGUGGCCUGCUUCGCCGAGGCUGAGCGGCUGUAUAUGCUGGUGAGGGACACCGCGGUGCGUGGCCGGCUGCUGACCGCCCUGGUGCUGCCGGACGUGCUGCAUACGAAGCUGCCCCCGGACUGCUGCCCCCUCCUCGUGUUUGUGAACCCCAAGAGUGGAGGCCUCAAGGGCCGAGACCUGCUCUGCAGUUUCCGGAAGCUGCUGAACCCACACCAGGUCUUCGAGCUGACCAACGGGGGGCCGCUGCCCGGGCUCCACGUGUUCGCCCAGCUGCCCCGGUUCCGGGUGCUGGUGUGCGGAGGGGACGGCACCGUGGGCUGGGUGCUGGCCGCCCUGGAGGAGAUGCGGCACCAGCUGGCCUGCCCGGAGCCUGCCGUGGCCAUCCUGCCCCUGGGCACAGGGAACGACCUGGGCCGGGUUCUCCGCUGGGGGCCGGGCUACAGCGGCGAGGACCCGCUCUCGGUGCUGGUGUCGGUGGACGAGGCGGACGCCGUGCUGGUGGACCGCUGGACCAUCCUCCUGGACGCGCACGAGGCCGGCGGCACCGAGAACGGGGUGGCCGACCUGGAGCCCCCCAAGAUCGUGCAGAUGAGCAACUACUGUGGGAUCGGCAUCGACGCCGAGCUCAGCCUGGACUUCCACCAGGCGCGCGAGGAGGAGCCCAGCAAGUUCACGAGCAGGUUCCACAACAAGGGCGUGUACGUGCGCGUGGGGCUGCAGCGGAUGAGCCAGGCGCGCGGGCUGCACAAGGAGAUCCGGCUGCAGGUGGAGCAGCAGGAGGUGGAGCUGCCCAGCAUCGAGGGCCUCAUCUUCAUCAACAUCCCCAGCUGGGGCUCCGGGGCUGACCUGUGGGGUUCCGACAGCGACGCGAGGUUUGAGAAGCCUCGGAUGGACGACGGGCUGCUGGAGGUGGUGGGGGUGACGGGUGUCAUGCACAUGGGCCAGGUCCAGGGCGGGCUGCGCUCCGGCAUCCGCAUCGCCCAAGGGGCCUACUUCCGGGUCACCCUCCUCAAGGCCACGCCCGUGCAGGUGGACGGGGAGCCCUGGGUCCAGGCUCCCGGCCACAUGAUCAUCUCGGCCGUGGGCCCAAAGGUCCACAUGCUCAGGAAGGCCAAGCAGAAGCCCAAGAAGGCCGGGACCCCCAAGGACGCCCGAGCAGAGGAGGGGCCCGCCCCCGAGGUGGGCCCCAAGGAGAGGCGGCGCUGA